CGUACAGAGCUGAGGGGAAUGAGUACUGCAAUGGUUUCGCUGUUUGAGUGUUUUUCAGCGCACAACCAUCAUCACCUGCAUAACCACGCGUAUGAUUAAUACGACUUGGGUUUGAUCACGCUCGGUGACAGGAUUUAAAGGAAUGUUGUGUGUAUAGUGCGCGCUAUUUUUUUACAACAUAUAGUUACGUGUCAUGAUUGUCGUGGAAAACGAAAAUUCGCUUUAGUUUCAGCGCUUAAAGUACAUCCAUGAUGCUUUAUGGUCUCGACGUAGACAACGAUUCGUAUCUAUAAAAAUACUUUGCGAUUUCAAAGCGACCGCCUUGCUGCCGCCUCCCAGGACACGUGCAUGCGUUCGACACGACAGGGACACUACGUCACGGCCAGGCUCGACCCCUCCCCUCCCCUCCACCGCGUCGGCGUGCGAACCCGCGUGGGGUGGGGGGCGGUUCGUGCGCGUGUGUCUGAAAGAGCUCCGCGAGCCACAGGACGCUCAAAGAUGGCUGCCAUUGCGACCGAUAGUGUCCGACAGGGCUCUCCGCAGCCGAGUACCCGUGACGAGACGCCGCUGAAAAUGGAGGCCCAGGAAGAGAAGGGGGGCUUGCGGGACACAGAGCGAGGGUCUGGUGACAGUGAAGCUGUAAAAAUGGAAGGAGAUGUCGAGAAAGACUCCGAGGGAAGGGACGACCGGGCUUUGGUCGCGCCCGACGCCGGCGAGGUGGUAGCCGCAGUCAGAGCGAUGGGAGCCGGCGACGACGACGAGGAGGAGGAAGAGGAGGAAAUGGUGUGCGAGCUCACGGGAGCCGGGGAGAGCCCGGAGCAGCAGAGUCCGGCUAGCUGCAGCGACGCCGGGGACGGGACGGAGAAGGAGCCGAAGAGGGAACAAAGAGAUGAGAGCGAGUCCUCGCCGGGCGACCGCGUUAAGGGCAAAGGCGACGAUACGGCGGGGAAAAGCGCCGGGGGAGGGAGCCACCGUGCUGGCGGUGACAAGAGGCGAGCCAGCGUGGAGAUGUCAUCAUCGGACGGGGAGCCUCUCAGCCGCAUGGACUCCGAGGACAGGUCAGUGCGGGGAACCGCCAUAUCCCCAGUUGCUAGGGUCGCUCCGCUCGCCGGUGGGCCCCCCAGUCUCGUCGUGUCACCACGGGGGAGGUGGGGGGGGUCCCGGCUUUUCAUCACUGUCACCAGUUUAGUUUGCCUCUGGAAGGGCUGCAAGGUGUACAACACUCCCUCCACCAGCCAGAGCUGGCUCCAGCGGCACAUGCUGACACACAGCGGCGACAAGCCCUUUAAGUGCGUGGUCGGCGGCUGCAAUGCCAGCUUCGCCUCCCAGGGGGGGCUGGCGCGCCACGUACCCACCCACUUCAGCCAACAGAACUCCUCCAAGGUGUCCAGCCAGCCCAAGGGCAAGGAGGAGUCGCCCUCCAAAGCGGGCAUCAACAAGAGGAAGAAGCUGAGGAACAAGCGCCGACGCUCCCUGCCACGACCACAUGACUUCUUCGACGCCCAGACCAUGGACGCCAUUAGGCACCGAGCCAUCUGCCUGAACCUGGCCACGCACAUCGAGAGCCUGGGCAGCGGUCACAGCGUGGUCUUUCACAGCACGGUAAUAGCGAGGCGAAAGGAGGAUUCUGGGAAGGUCAAGGUCCUCCUUCAUUGGACUCCAGAAGACAUUUUGCCAGACGUGUGGGUGAGUGAGACUGACAGGCCGCAGCUGAAGACGAAGGUGGUGCACUUAUCUCAGCUUCCACACGACACGGCCGUGCUGCUGGACCCCAACAUCUAUAGAACGCUGCCACAGAAGCGGCUGAACCGGAGAAUGUUUUUCUAGACUCCGAAGAAGGCCCCCGCCCCGCCCCCCCCCAUGCUGUUCCCAGAGUGUCUGGAGGAGACGAGGGCAGCCAAUUGGAACUGAGACCCAGAAAAUGUGCUUCAUCCUCACAUCUCUUCCUUCACAAUUCCUGAAUUGCAGCAAAGUUUGCAGUUUGAUUUGUUCUUGAGAUUGAUGACACAUUUAUCAAAGUCUUAAUUGUUGAACUAGAGGGCGAUGUUUAGGGUCGGUUCGUUGUUGUUUAUGUUACUACUGCUAGGUGUAAAGUGUCCCCCUUUCACAAGUGUGUGACACGUCGGUCCUGUAGGAAUCUAUAGACACGUUUACAGACAGUAGUGCUUGUAAAUAUUUUGCAAAUUUGUAAUAUAUAUUUUUAUACAAUGAAACUGUACUGUAGAUUUGGUCUUUUCCUUCUCUCCACUUAGGAAGCGACGUUUAAUUGUAUAUAAUGUGUUAGGGACGGGGUUAAGUCUUCAUUAGUUUCGGACUAGAUGUCUAAACAAAGCGAUGAGUCAGAGGUGCCCUUUAUUUGGCGACUGUGCUGUGUUGUGGCUGGCAGUGGUGCUUGGCGCUGGAUCCCCCCGCGCCGCCGUCUCCGUGCGAACGCCUCGUCUGUCAUCUCCGCCUCCGAGACGACUUUCCCGAAUGAACAGUAUUAAUUUGCUUGACUUUAAGUUCAGGCUCCCUGGCCUCAUUUACUUGGAAUGGCAUAAAAAAGCAUAGUAAUAAUGGUUAAAAACAAUAAACUGUGUAUUCCCUUUGA